AUAAAAGAUAAAAAGCAUUAGGGUUGCAUCCUAAAGUGGAAUAAAGACUCAAAACAUAAUAAAUAUCAAUAAAAAAACAUGAUGCAAUAUGAACGUAUCAACUCGUCCAAGCUUAGUCCUCGCUUGCCCUCAAGCGAAAGCCAAACUCGAUAAUCAUGACCGCAUGUUUAGAGAGAGAGGUGUCGAUAAAAUUAAAUACGAACAAGACCGGCAAAGCCGGAUAUAGGCAAGAGCAAGACAGAUCCGUCGCCACCAUGUAUCGGCGUCACCCGACAAGGAAGGAGCCCAACGCCCCGACAUCCCUGCGUUGGCAGUCAGCCCACCGUCACCCCAGCCGAGCGAGGCCACCCCUGGUGCCUCUACCAUAAGCAAACCUCCCCUGUGCGGCCUUCGACGGGCAAGGGGCGCCACGAUCGUGGCGCAGUAGCCGGCGACAUCAACGGUGGCGAGGGGAAGCCGGCGAAGAGGAGACUUUGGCCGUGGCGGCUGGGCCCCGGUGUCGCCUGGGGUGCGACACAGGGGAGAGAGAUAAUACACUGAGAUCAAUUCAUUUAGUUACAGUAUUGGAGACAGGUUACUUUUGGCUAAAUUUUCACACAAGAGAUUUUGUUGUUGUUGUUGUUGAUUCGGCCGACAAGAAGAAUUUUUUUUUUUUGCGGGUUAUAACAAGUUGCAGUUGACUAGUUGACUCGGAAGGUUUCAGCUUUAUUGACUAAGCUAGAGCUUUGCCAAAAACGAAAGACUGGCUGGAAGACCCAAGGACAACCAAACAAAGGCCAGCUAGAAUUACUAGGACUUGUUCCUGGCGUUUUGUCGUAAUAAUCUCUAUGCAUAAAGUUCUAGGGACGGGUCAUUUCUAGCUGAACCAUGAGACGAGAGCUAGAUUUGUCUGGUUCAGCCGACUCUGAUUUGUAGUUGACUAGUUGACUUGGAAGGUUUCAAAUUUCCAGCAAGACUUGGCUAGAGCUUUGCCAAAAAAGAAAGACUGGCUAGAAGACCCCAAAAAUAAUCAAAGAAAGGCCAGCUAGACCGAAUAACUAGUACCUGGUGUGGUCCGGUAAAUAAUCUAUUUUAUGCACUGUAUAUUAAGAGUUUUUGCACACCGAUCGAGGCACCGAGCGAGCCAGCGACCGCCGACCGGUAUGGCCAGCUUUUCGAGCGCCACCACAUCCACCUGUUUUCUCCUCCUCCACCUCGUCAUCAUCUUCUUCCACCUUCCAACUCCUGCCGUCUCCUUGGCGUUCAACUGCUCCAGGUUCACCACAGAAGACCUAAAGGACAUGAAGUUCGAAGGCGACGCAUCCUUCAACACAUUGUAUGGAAGUAUCCCCAUGAACACGAAUACGUACCGUGUUGCCAGCCGGGUGUCGUACAGCGCUGCACCGCUGCAGCUCUGGGACAAGAUGACCGGCGAGGUGGCCAGCUUCACCACGCAGUUCCAGUUCCAGAUCCAUAUCACCGGUGACGAGAGCAGCAAGGGGGGCAUGGCCUUUUUCCUCGCCGGCUAUCCGUCUAGCCUGCCUGGCAAUUGCACCCCCGACAGCCUCGGCCUCACUAACCAAAGCGCAGACGCCGUGCCGUCCGGUGAUAGCCGGUUCGUGUCGGUGAAGUUCGACAACUUCAACAACACAAUAGUAGCUGACCCCGACACCAGCAGCUACGACCACAUCGGCAUCAAUGUCAACUCCCUCAUAUCGGUGAGUACACAGCCCCUGCCGAGCUUCACCCUCAACAACACCCAGACCGCCCAAAUCGAGUACGACAAUGUUUCCAGCAUCUUAGCUGUGACAUUAUGGAGCGAUGAUGCAGAUGGCCAAGACCAACGGAGUUCCAGCCUUAGCUCCAAGGUUGACUUCAAGAGCGUACUACCGGAGCAGGUCUCCAUUGGCUUCUCCACGAACACGUUGUCGGGGAUGGAUAUAUUUCUAAACUCUUGGUACUUCAACUCUUCAUUGGAACCACAACAAACACCACCACCACCACCACCACCACCACCAUCAUCACCACCACAAUCCCCACCAGGGCUAGGUUCUGGAGUUAUAGUCGGAGCAGCUGCCGGCGCAACAAUGUUCCUCGUCCUCCUCUUUGCCGCUGCAGCGGCACUUGUAGUGCGCCGCCGUCGUCAUCAGAAUAUGAUGGAGACGGAGGAGUACUACACAGACUCAGAAGGCGAAGGCGAGCCGAUGUCGGAGAUCGAGAUGGGGACGGGGCCAAGGCGGUUCCCAUACCGCGAGCUCAUGGAAGCAACGAAGAACUUCGCCGCAGAGGAGAAGCUUGGGCAAGGCGGCUUUGGCGCCGUAUACCAAGGCUAUUUGAGAGACCCGGCUGGGCUAGCCGUGGCCAUCAAAAGGUUGCAGUCUUCCAUACAAGGAAAGAAGGAGUACAAAUCCGAGGUCAAGGUGAUAAGCAGGCUGCGUCAUCGGAACCUCGUGCAGCUCAUCGGCUGGUGCCAUGGCCAUGAUCAGGAGCUCCUGCUGGUCUACGAGCUCAUGCCCAACCGCAGCCUCGACAUCCAUCUCCACAGCAAGCAGGGCACCUUCCUCACAUGGCCAAUGAGGAUGAAGAUAUUGUUGGAGCUUGGGUCUGCACUGCUCUACCUCCAUGAAGAGUGGGAGCAGUGCGUGUUGCACCGGGAUAUCAAGCCCAGCAACGUGAUGCUCGACGAGUCCUUUGGAGCCAAGCUAGGCGACUUUGGGCUCGCGAGGCUCGUUGACCACGCCGCCGGGAUGCAGACCAUGACCGCAAUCUCUGGAACUCCAGGCUACUUGGACCCUGAGUGCGUGAACACCGGCAGGGCCAGCGCCGAGUCCGACGUGUACAGCUUCGGCGUGGUUCUACUGGAGGUGGCAUGCGGCAGGAGGCCAAUGAGCGUAAUCGCACCCAACCAACACCAGCAGAAGAACGGCGGCGUCUUCCGGCUGGUCGAGUGGGCCUGGGGACUCUACGGCCGGGGAGCCAUCCUUGAGGCCAUCGACGAGCGGCUGAACGGUGACUACGACGCUGCGGAGGUGGAGAGGGUGAUGGUCAUCGGGCUCUGGUGCGCGCAUCCAAACCCGAGCGCGCGGCCGUCCAUCAGGACAGCCAUGGCCACUCUCCAGCCCAAGGUCGACCAAGCCUACCAACUGCCGAUGCUUCCUUCCAAGAUGCCGGUGCCGGUGUUUGAGCCGUUCGCCUUGGCCAAUGCCGUUGGGAUGUCAUCGUCGUCCUCCCACACCUUUGGGGUGUCGUCGUCGACGUGGUCCAGUAUGCCACCGCACACCUCUGGUACCGCAUCCUCCGACGCUAGCACUUCAACAAACAGUUCAAAGACCUCUUCUUCGCUACUCAAACAUUAGUGCCAGUAGCAAAUUUAUGGGGUGCGUUUGAUAUGUUCUCGGAGUGUUGUUGUAAUAAUGCCAGGAUGGGACUAGCAGCUGGAAUGGUUAUCGGUCUGUUCAUGUGUUUGAUAUCCAUAAGAAUGGUUGGGUUUUUUAGUUGGCUUACCAAGCUUAUCAUAACCCUCCCCUUUUUACGGUGUUGGGACCGGCUAUGUUUAUAGAAAAACAGAGGCAGAGUUUGUGUUGCGAUCAGUAAUACACAAUGAGUUGUGGCC